AUGUCGGCAGAGUCGGCUGUCUACGAGGCGCUACAGUACGCCUGCAGCCAGGAUGCACAGAUGCUGAAACCGGCCGAACAGAAGCUGGCCGAGUGGGAGAUACAGCCCGGGUUUCAUCUUACGUUGGUUAACAUUUUCUCCAACCAAUCCCUUGACGGUGGUGUACGGUGGAUGGCGUCACUGUACUUUAAAAACGGUGUACUCAAGUAUUGGCGACAGAGUGCACCAAAUGCAAUAUCUCGUGAGGAGAAGCAGGAAAUAAAACGAUUGUUGCUGAUGAAAUUCAACGAACCCGUGCAGCAGAUAGCGGUCCAAAUAGCGGUCCUUAUAGCGAACAUCAGCCGUUACGAAGGUCCACAGGAAUGGAAAGAGCUCAUACCGACGGUGGUGAAAGCGGUCCAGAGUGAGGAUAUGAUCGUACAGCACCGAGGCUUGCUGGUGUUGCUGCACAUCGUCAAGGUGCUGUGCUCGAAGCGCAUUCCACGCGACCGCCAACAGUUUCAAACCGUUGCUGUCACCUGGUACGACUUUGUGCUGAACCUCUGGGAAGGCUUUACGCAGUUGUUCUUUACCAACAUCUGCGAGCAGAAUUGUGCCAUCGAGGUGUGUUCAGCCAAUCUGGAGAAGGCCAUCUUCUCGCUGCGCAUACUGAAAAAGCUCACGAUCUACGGCAUUGUGGAUCCGCUCAAAUCGGAAGGCUGUAUGAUGCUGAUACGGAUGAUGUUUCAACGGUUGAAGGAUCUGCUCGAGUGUCGCAUGCGCGUGAAGCGAAUGUUGCGCGAAGCGGAAAGCAAUGCAACGCCCGGCACGAUGAACAAUGAAGCAAUAGAGAUGAUGCGCAAAGUGAGCGGCAACCUGGACAAGUUUAUCGUUAAGCAUAUGAAGUUCCUGAAUCUUUUUUACGAUACCCAUCCGGACGUGUUUUCGUCCUUUGUACCGAUAUCGUUCGAGUUUUGCUUUAACUACGUGUUCCACGAGGGAACGAAUCUGAUCUUCGAGGACAAUGUAAUCACAUUUCCCAACUUUGCCAUUCAGUGCCUCUGCCUGCUGAAGGGAAUACUGUCACCGAGUACAGUCAAUCUAGAUUUGAUACCGCGCGCUGCGAACCACCUUGCCGGGGAAGCGAAAGAACGUGUGAACAGUGCGAAGAUGGACUUUUUUACGUGCGAACGAUUAAGCUACAUAUUGGAGAAGCUCAUAAUGCACUACUUCCUGCUAACGCCGGAUGAGUUUGAGCAGUGGGACACGGACCCGGAAGCGUACACGUCCGACGAAGGUGGUGACUCGUGGAAAUACAAUCUACGUUCCUCUGCCGAAGCGUUCUACAUGAUCCUCUUCCAAAAGUUCAGCGUAACGAUGAUCGAGGAGUUGCGCAAAUACAUAUUGAAGUCUCAAUCGAUAACCAUCACAGAAAACUCCGACAUGAACGAUUUGCUGAUAAAGGAUUCGAUCUACAACGCAACCGGUCUAGCGGCAUUCAUUCUGUUUGAUGAGGUUAACUUUGACGAAUGGUUCUCUCGGCAGCUGCUCGAGGAACUCAAGUUUAAAUCCCACAACUUCCGCAUCAUCCGCAAGCGCAUCAUCUGGCUUGUCGGGCAAUGGACCUGCGUUAAGUUCUCGAAAGCGUUACGCCCUCAAGUGUACCAAGCGUGUUUGGAGCUGCUGCAACCCUCAGAGGAUUUGGCCGUUCGUUUGACUGCUUCCAAAAGCCUUCGCAGCAUCAUGGAUGACUUUGAGUUUGUGGCCGAGCAGUUUCUGGAGUUUCUCGAACCGACGAUCGCGUUGCUGUUCGGGCUGCUGAAGGAAGCGGUUGAGUGUGAAACGAAAAUGACCAUACUGUACGUAAUGACGAUCAUCAUCGAAAAGAUGUCCAUGUCCAUACGGAUCGAUGUGCAGAGCCUGGUGCAGUAUUUACCGCUGCUAUGGGAAGAAAGCCGCGAACACAAUAUGCUACGCUGUGCAAUUAUUUCCACUUUGUUGCAAAUCAUAAAAGCCUUGUACGAAAUACCGUCGUCGGAACCGAUCGUUACAUUUAUCUAUCAGAUCAUAGAGAUGAGCACGAAUGUAAACGAACCGUCGCACGUGUAUCUGCUGGAGGAAGGACUGGAACUGUGGGUUGUGGUUGUACACUACAGUCGCACGAUGAACCAGGAGUUGCUUAAUCUGUGUGAAAAUUUAAUACCUCUAAUACAGCAAUCAUCUAGCAAUAUGAACAUAUGUUUGGCGAUAGUGCAGGCGUACGUGUUUCUCGGUGCAGAAGUAUUUCUUCCAAGGUACGGUCAGGAGAUUGUCAAGACGUGCCAAUACCUAUUGACGGAUUUACGCGCGGACGGCGUGGUGCUGAUAAACCGCUUCUUCCUCACGCUGCUACAGACGGUUCCAAAGUUUGCCAUGGAUUUGCUUCGGCCGUAUCUGGUGGAGGUGUUUCGAUCAUACUACCAACAAACAAACUUCCCGCAAGUGUUGCAGAUGUACCUGCAGAUCAUGUCGCGCGUGUUGGUAAACGAUCAGGUAACGUUCAGUGUCGUACUUUCCGAAACGGGGGCACAGGAUGCGCUGGAAAAAAUACUGACCGCUUGGCUGGAGGAUAUGCGGCGGGUAACGGCACUGGAGGAACGUAAGCUGCUAGCGUUGGCCUUGAGCAGUUUGUUGACUGUUUCGAACGAGGUGAUUUUUAAGAACUUUGCCGGCAUCAUUACGAAUGUUACCGAGGUGCUGAACGAUGUAAUGUGCUGUCAGGAUACGUUAGUGGACUCGCUAGUCAUCGAUGACGAAAACAAGGACAAUAUAGGCGUGACCCUGUUCGGGUAUGGGUUUAUCGAUUCCGAUAUGGUACAGGACGAAACGCCCCAUUUUAGCCGCUGUAGAGCGUUCUGCAUACACGACCCGGUGCAUGUGAUUGUGCUGAAAGACUAUCUACAGAAUCAGCUUGUAGUACUGAAAAACACAAUCGGCGACGAACGAUACCAAUCGCUGAUGACAUCCGUCGAUUUGCAAACGCUGAAGGAGUUGAACAACUUCGUGGUGCUCGGGAUCGAACUGACGGCCGGUAUAGACAAUGGUGCAUAG